AUGUCAAGCCUCACUUCUCAAAGCCUCAAAGUGAUCCCCAUCGCCGCUCGCAAGGCUGAGCGCACUCAACAGCCAAAUAGGUGGUACCCUGAUGGCCAAGCAUCGAGAGUCUGCGCCAUGACUUCCAACUCCGACCACGGCCUGGGCCUGGGCUUGGGCUUGGGCCUGGAAUUGGAAUUGGACUUGGAUGCGCCGCACCGUGGCCUAACACGCUCGGCCACACUCCCCCUCGAGAUACACUCACCACGCGUCGGUCGCUCACAUCUCGCCCCCGAAGAUGCCUUCAACACCGCCUCACCCCCGAGGAGGAAGUCCACCUUCGAUCCGAGCGCUGUAAACGACUCCCGGAGGAUGAGGUCCAAGCUGGGAAGCCGGAGCCGGAGCAGGCGGCGGAGGCGCAACUGGAAGAAACUGCUCUGGGUCAACCAAUCAUACCCGGACAACUACACAGACCAGGCCACAUUCCUCGAGAACCUCCAGCGAAACCCACGCCUCCAACCCUACGAGUUCUGGCCCCUUGUUGCCGACUCUACCGUCAUCCUCCAGCAAACCUGCUCCGUCACCAUAUUCGUAGUUUGCUUCGUCGGCAUCUUCCAAGAGCGUGUCUCGCCCGUCGCCGUCGUCGGCUGGGGCAGCUUCGGGACCCUCGUGGGAUGGUUACUGUGGGACUGGUGGGUUGGUCAGGAGGACGAGGAUGAGGUCUUGCAAAGACGGCACAGCAACCGCAGCCGCGCAGCAAGAGAGCAGCCCAGGAAGGAUCGCCCACAUUCUGCCAUAUUGGGAACCAACCCAUCCGCCGGGACCUCCGUGACCAACCUGGCCGCCGCCGAACGGGCCUAUCCGCAACUUGCUAUGCGCCAAUCCCAUUCCGUGUCGGCAACCUCUCUCCAAUCCGGAGCCUCGCAGGCAAGCACCGCUGCCCGGAACUCGUCCGAUUCCGCAGAAGAGCUACACCAGCGCCCUUCGUCCCCCCAUCGUGGCGGCCGGAUGAACCUUCGCCUUGGCACCAUCAAAUCCGCCGUCCUCAUCUACUUCACCCUUCUGGGCCUAUCGCCCAUCCUCAAGUCACUCACGCGGUCUACUUCAUCUGACAGUAUAUGGGCCAUGUCAUUCUGGCUUCUAGCCAUCAACAUAUUCUUCUACGACUAUUCAGGGGGUGUAGGCGUCAAAUUCCCUGCCUCCCUCUCGACUAACGCAGCCCUCAUGGCAUCCACCGUGUUGGCAUCUCGCCUGCCGUCUACGGGGCAGGUCUUUAGUCUGACGCUGUUCAGCAUCGAAGUGUUCGGUCUGUUCCCCGUAUUCAGGCGUUACGCCAGACACCAGAGCUGGAAAUACCACGUCACCAUCUCUACUUUGCUGGUAAUCGGCGCCGGAGGUGGUGUGGGGCUGAUAUUGGGGGGAGAGAAGGACGGAGUCUGGCCCUGGAAGAGCGGUCUGCUGGGCGUAUUGGUGGCCGUCGUCAUCGCCAUUGUCGCCAUGGGGGGCUGUAGCUGGUGGUUGAUUGGACUCCAGAAGUACAAGAACGCCAUCAACGGGCCCUGGGACCAGGCUAGGCCGAUCAUCAUCAGCCGACGCUUCUGGGAUGACGAAUGA